AUGGCUUCUAAGCUGAGUGGAGGAGCUCUGGCAGCUAUCUUCGCUGCCGGGUGCGAGAACCCUAAGGAGGCUUGGAAGGACCCUAUCAUGCAAAUUCUGCUUGUAAAGAAGAUCGAAGCUCAGGGAAAGACACCAGAAAGAUACCGGAUUGUUGUCUCUGAUGGAAUACAUUUUACACAGGGGAUGAUCGCUUCCCAAAGCAAUCACCUCAUGGCAGAAAACAAAAUCGAGAAGGGAAGCAUUGUAAGAAUGAAGGAAUAUGAAGCGGGAAAGGUUAAGGACAAAAGUGUUUUAAUAGUUCUCGCUGUCGAGCUUGCACAGGAGGCAACUGAAGAAAAGAUCGGCGAUCCUAAACAAGUCACGCCUGAUUCGGCUUCAGAGCUUGCGCAACAACGUGCUGCGCAACAGCCGACGACAACAUCGAACUUUUACGGGAAUAAACCUGCAAAUGCUGGUCGUGGUGCGGGUGGCGCUGGCCCUUCGAGGGGAGCCGGACAAUCUUCGCGAGGACAAUCAGCUGGCAUCUCACUUAUCGAAUCCCUAUCCCCAUACCAAAACCGAUGGACAAUUAAAGCCCGAUGCAUUCAUCGCGGCGAGAUUAAAAAUUGGAAAAACGCGAAGGGUGACGGUAAACUCUUCGCUGUCAGUUUCAAGGACCAGAGCGCCGAAAUCAAGGCCACGGGGUUCGGAGACCAAGUCGAUUCCCUCUACCACGUUUUCGAAGAAGGCAGCGUUUACCUCAUCUCGAAAUGCAAAGUUCAGAUCGCUAAGCGACAAUUUUCAAACAUCGACAAUGACUAUGAGCUUGUCUUCGAUAGGGACUCUGAGGUGCAGAAAGUAGACGACGAUGAAGGCGUUCCACAACAACAAUACAACUUUGUUACUCUUCAGGAUUUGCAAAACACCGAGAAAGAUGCACAGAUUGAUGUUAUUGGUAUCCUCAAGGAAGUCGGGGAAUCUGAUUCGAUCGUCUCUGCCAAGACUCAGAAGGCUUUUACCAAACGCGACUUACAUCUCGUUGAUGACACUGGAUACACCGUUAAACUCACAGUUUGGGGUAAAUCUGCGGAGAAGUUCGAAAUUAUGCCUGAAAGUGUUUUGGCGGUGAAGGGUGUCAAAGUAUCUGACUUUGGGGGUCGUUCCCUCAGCAUGCAGAAUAGCAGCACAAUGCAGGUCGACCCUGAUCUUGAGGAAGCUCACCGAUUGAAGGGCUGGUUUUCAAGUGAAGGCCGUGAUACAAAUUUCAAUAGCCAUAAAGGCUUGAGCACCGGUGGUGCAGAUGGUAAUAGGCCCUCCGUUUUCAAGACAGUCCAGCAGGCUUCAGAUGAAAACAUUGGGUUUGGAGAGACUGCCGACUUUUAUACCCUCAAAGCUACCAUUAGUUAUAUCAAGAAUGAAGGCCAUAGCUACCCGGCCUGUAAAACUGAGGGAUGCAGCAAGAAGGUUGUUGAGUUUAAUGGGUCGUGGAGAUGCGAGAAGUGCAGUGUUAAUUGGCCAGAACCGGAGUACCGAUACAUUCUUACUUGCUCGGCAUAUGACCAUACAGGUCAGACAUGGUUGAAUAUCUUUGAUGAUGCCGGGAAGGUCAUUAUGGGAACGACUGCCUCCGAUUUGCACGCCAUGCAGGACUACGAUGAAUCUUCGUAUGAGGCCACAAUGAAGAAGGCAGCUUCUCAAACCUGGAUGUUCCGUAUUCGUGCACAACAGGAGGUUUACCAAGACGUACCACGUGUCCGAAACCGCGUUUUGUCCGCUCAAAAGAUCGACUAUGCUGCUGAAGCCACCAGAUUAAUCAACAUGAUCAAUCUAUACAGCUCUUAG